AUGGCCACUGGAGGGCACCAGCGGCCACCCAAUGGAAACUCCAUGGCCAUCACCAGUGGCAGGCUUCCUCAACCCCUGCCCCCACCCCAAGGCUCCAAGCUCCUGAGGACCCAGGCCUGGUGUUCUGAAGAGGAAAAGGACAAUAAUCCAAAAAGCACAGCUCCUCAGUUCCCCGCCACAGUGGAGUUCGCCUUGCACACAUUCAACCAGCAAAGCAAGGACGACUAUGCCUACAGGCUCAUGCGCAUCCUGAGUUCCUGGAGGGAGUAUUCCUGGAACAAGCGGGACAAUCCCAAGAUGGUGUUCUCCAUGCAACUGCAACUGCACAGAACAUGGUGUGAGAAAUUUGAGGAAGACAUUGACAACUGCCCCUUUCGAGAAAGCACAAAACUGAACAGUGUAAGACCAGACACCAGUUUCCUGCAUUUAAGCAGCUGUGGAGGCUGCAUGGGGGCUGGGGGCGGGGGUAGGAAGCAGCUGACUAAGCCUUUCCUGGGGACCUGCCUGCACCUAGGUCACAGGGCCUUCAAACUGCUCUUGUGCCCCUGGGGUCCCGAUCUCCUGGGCCCGAGGAGAACACUCAUCUGCCUCUUCACUGUCAGAACUGAGCCCUGGAUAUCAUGGUUCGAGCUCCUGAACAAGACCUGCUCAGAGGGGCUCCCCUGA